AAAUGCUCAUCUAUUUCAAGGGAUUAAGCACCACCAUUUUGGCUAUUAGAUCUCCAACAUUUGUUUCCUUUAUUUUCCUUUAGGAUAACGUACAUUUUUAUAGUAAUGGAGCGUGCCAGAUAUGUUGUCCCAGGCCACCUCCUAAAACAGGCGAUCCCGGUUCAAGUCCCGAACCAAGAUCGCCCCCACCCCGCUAAACCACUAUCUUCAACUCACCAUAAAGGGAGUGGUGUUGCAAAGACUACUGAGCCUUUGCCGCGUUCUUCAAAUGUGAAAAAAGUACCCUCUUCCGAGUCAACGGAUGGACAUUGCGGCUACGGUGGCAAUGUUCGUGGGUCUGGUAAGGACGUUGGCGAUGAUGACGUUGAUAAGAAAGCUACAAGCUAUAUUUUGAAGGUUAAAGAGCGAAUCAGGUUGGAAGAACUGAAAAUUUUGAAUGAAAAGAAGUGAAAUUUGGUGUGUAAGCUACAAUAAGGACUCAAUAAGUAUAUUUAUAGACUAUAUAACGGGUCUCGUCCCUAUUUCGCAAGGGGAUGAUUUUCUUCCAAUUUCGAUCAAUGGUUGCAUCACUAAUGAAUUGUGUAUAAAAGUGAUGAUCCAUUUCCUCUUUGUAUUGUAUUUCACGUUUCAAGUCUUCGGAUAUGCUACUCUCAUUAACCUAUCGGGAUUGUCAUUAUCCUAUUAUAAUCCACCACCAUCUACAUCCCUAUGGCUAUACUCCGUAUAUAAUACUACAUACUAAGUAUAUUAUAUUAUGUCCAAUCUAUGUCCUUCAUUUUUACAUUUAAAUGUUUUUAAUUGAAUUGAAAUUAUGGACUUAUCCGAUUUGUUCUAAUAGACGUUUGGUCUAUGUCGAAGUCCGACUGCUUUGAUCUAUUUAAGUUUGGUCUGAUUUAUCUAAGUGUGGAGUGUUAUUGAAAUAAGUUCAAAUAAAUACAUUCUUUCUCCG